GUCUCCAGAAGAUGGCAGUAGUGCAACGCUAAGGAAGAAAGCUGCCGUUAAAAGAAGAAGAAGAAGAGGAACGAUGCUGUAACGUACAGUCUGCGGCUAACACAAUGUGGACAGAGAGUGAAGUGGUUUGUGGUGAGUUUCAAACAGUCCCUCUCUCAGAGUCCAAGUCGGACUUCCCCGGUCAGCCGUACUCCGUGUCCGUCCUCAAAGCCGGAUACUGUCUCCCUCAGACCGGCGGGACGUUCAGAGCUAGCGGGACCAUCACGCUCAUAACGGGACCCAGGACUAUCCUGGUGGAUACCGGCGGGCCGUGGGACCGGGACUUCCUCCUAACGACCCUGAAAGAGAGGGGACUGGAACCGGGGGACAUUGACAUGGUGGUGGGGACUCAUGGUCACUCGGACCACGUAGGAAACCUGAGUCUUUUCCCAUCAGCGGUGAUGAUUGUAGGAUUUGAUAUCAGUGAAGGGGACACGUACAGUCCCAACAAGCUGGCAGAGGGACAGGCGCACUGUAUAGACGAGCACGUGUCCGUCGUCCCCAGUCCGGGCCACACGGGACAAGACGUCAGCGUCCAGGUGACCGGAACCUCAGUGGGCACAGUGCUCGUUGCCGGGGACUUAUUUGAGUGCUGCUCAGACGAGGACAGCUGGCGGGACCUGAGUAUGGACACUGCAGUGCAGGAGGUGAGCCGCCAGGAGGCGCUCCGCACUGCUGAUGUCAUCAUACCGGGACAUGGACUCCCUUUCAGAGUCCUCAGGAACUAAUGAACCUUCGUUUUUAAUCUAUUGGUGAUAUUUAAAAAAAUAUUACAAUACACUGUACAGAGAAAUCUAUAUUUAAUUUGAGCACUUUGAAAAAGGGUUCAUUUGACCACCUUGUGCUAAUACAUGAGACAAACAACAAACAAAACAAAUAAAUACAGACUAUGUAUGAGAGAGAUGUCAUUUUAUACACCCUCUUUGUUUUUUAUUAUAAAGUAUUUUUCACUUAUUUGAACAAGUCUUCAUAGCUUUAUUUGUUUGUUUGACUCUUAGAAACAGAGUCAAGGGAUAUUCUAGUUCAACACAAGGACGACGGAUAUUCGCUGUGAUUUGAAGCACUCAUAUUUGCCGACAAGACAAAUAAGCUGUAGUGCAUGUUUGUACAAUGUGAGCCAUAUUACUAUUCAGAUGAUGAUGAAAUGAUCAGAUAGAUCUGUGGUGUUUCACAUACGUGAGAAAGGCCUGUGAGCUGGCCAGGCGCUCCGAUAACUACCAUAACUGACUGUUGUAUCAAGUCAAGAUAACACUUGACAGAUAAUAUAAUUAUUAACUUCAGAGAGCAGCACUGCGAGCAUUUGUCUCAGGAGAAUCUCCCCAACAAAAAGAGAUGACGCACUGUUAACGCUCCGCUCCUUUUUUUUUUUUAAAUAUGUAGAACAUGGUAUAGGGAAAUGGCUCCAAAACUUGUGGCCAGACAUAAUUUCUCCUACACAUAAGAUAAGAUAUUAUAAGAUAAGUUAAAUAAAAUAGAAAUUGUAUUAAUCCUGAAAGAAAUUCUUGUACCGGAGACUGAUCAAAGAAUACAACAGGAGAAUAAUAAAAAAUAUAAACAGUAGAAAUAUAAACAGUAAUAAGUAUUUCUGCUAAAGUUAAAUACAUUUUAUGGUUAUGUAUCCGUUGUGAUAAAAUCGUACCUAUAAAUCAAUAAAAUUGGAUGUAAUCUAAUCGAAUUUAUAACACUAAGUAUGAUAAUAUAUGGUUAAGGAUAAACCAUGAGUACGCUCCAUUAGACGCAGCCCUCAUAAUGUGAUUAUACCACCAAAAUGUGCAUGUAUAUGCAUGUUAAAUAAACGUGGGGAAAAAAUGCCAAAAAUAAGCAAUAUUAAUUUAGUUUAAAGAUUUUUUUUUAAAGAAUUAAAAGUGUUUUUAGUAGAAAUAAAAAUCUUGAUUUGUUUGAAUGAAGUGUGUUUUACGACGAUCAGCGAGGUCAAAUGUUUCUAUCAAUGGAGUCUGAGGGCUUCAGGGAGCGCAUAUAACUGCGGUUUCUUUUCACAUCUGACUCUGUUAAUUAAGGUUUUAUUUCAACCAAACCAGAGUUUUUGAUUGUUUAAAUGGAGUGUUGUGGCUUUGAGAAGAGCGUAUUAAUUGUAUGCUAAUCAUUUAUAAGAAUUUGAUAAAAUCCCUGUUUGUAUUCACUUCAACGUGUGUCACCUAGUGAACACACUCCCAUCAUGU